AUGUCCUUCAAUCGCUUCCGGCCUAUAUCGCACUUCAUUGCGCCUCAUUCGUGGAUGAACGAUCCAUGUGGUGCAGUCUGGAUACCAGAAACAAGAGAAUAUCGUGUCUGUUAUCAAUGGAACCCAGGCACCUCCAAGGCAGGCAAUAGUGCUUGGGGGAUGGCAAAGAGCAAAGAUCUGGUCACCUGGCAAGACUGCACUCCAGCCUUAAGAAACGGAACAACCUAUGAUUCACUGGGUGUCUUCUCUGGUUCAAUCGUUUCCGAAAUCGUCGACGGACAGCGCGUUCUGUACCUUUUCUACACGAGUGUCUCUUCCUUGCCAAUCCACUGGUCACUGCCCUACAUCGAGGGUUGCGAGUCUCAGUCUGUUGCAUUCUCCACCGAUUUCGGGGAAACCUGGCAACGCUAUCAGAAUAAUCCAAUUCUUCUGGUACCCUCGGAUAGCACAAAAACAACAGGGUGGCGUGAUCCUUUUGUCUCAAAGUCACAGUCUCUUGCCGAGUUGCUGAAGGUGGAUAUCAAAACAAACUUCAUGAUGAUCGCAUCGGGCAAUCGAGAUCUUGGACCUCAGCUUUGCCUAUAUCAAUCGCAUGAUUUGAUUGGAUGGGAGUCACUGGGGAGUGUUCUAAGAGCGAGAAACGGUUCUCGGAUCUCACCAACCAGCAGCUUGCAAUUUGGAAAGAACUUUGAAUGCGUUUCCUUCUUUACCCUGGGCCGGAAAGACUACAUCAUCGUCGGUAUUGAGGAAGACACCCAUAGUAAAAGACACAAUGGACAUUAUCUGCUAUGGAUUUGCGGCAAAUUUACACAGCAUGAUGACUGUAUUGACUUUGAAAUUAAGUCCCACGGACUAUUGGACCACGGCAUUUCAUAUGCGGCCCAUAUCUUUCGCGAUCACGAGAACAGACUACUCCAACUUGGAUGGGCAGAUGAGACUUGCAACGGGUCUGUAAUCCAGUCGCAGGGCUGGGCAGGGUGUCUGACCCAUCCAAGGGAGCUCUUUGAGAUCUCACGGCCUUUGACUGAUAUUGGAAUAGUGAGCAACAGAUGGCUCAUUGAUGAAGAGGCUGGUACGAUGUCAACACUUGGAAUUCGUCCAGCGCCACAAGUCACCGCCCUUAGAUCCAGCUGUCCACCAAAAUCGCUCUUUGAAUUUGAUUCUAUCCAAACAAAAACUUUCGAGGUUGAAGCUACUUUCUGCAAAUUCUCCGGCGACGAGACUUUUGUGUUCAAUGUCCGCGAAUCCCCGGGUAAAAGCGAGCUCACUGCACUCAUUAUUGAUAUCGCGAAGGGCACGGUGACUGUUGAUAGAAGACGGUCUUCUGUUCGGGGGCUCGGGGUGUCAGCUCCUGAUAUUGGCGAUCUCAACCUUUUUAACGGAGAGGAUCUUGUUAUUCGAAUAUUUGUGGAUGUUUCUAUCGUCGAGAUCUACGUGAAUGAUCAGUUCGCGAUCACUUCACGUAUUUAUCCAAGUCUUGAGACCUCGAUUGGUGCAUCUUUUGACUUCGGCUCGUAUCCCGAGGCAGCCGUAGACUUGCAGUUCUGGGACGAUAUUGGAGAUACGUGGCCGGAGAGGAUGUCUUCCGAUAUAUUGGAAGAGAUUGACGUGCAGGCUGGGGACGAGGCGCGUGGCCAUGACCGCGGAGAAAGCGAAAGAGUGCUAUGUCCUGCUAUUGUCGCUUAA